AAGGAAGGGAUAGCUAUGCUGCCGUUCUCCUCAACCUUUUUAGUGCCGCCUAUAUCUCCUUCAUUUAUUUACUUCAGUCGCUUCUCUCGUUUUCACUUCUCUCCUUCCGCCUCCGCCUCCGCCUCCGCCUCCGAUUUACUGAGAUUGACAUCUAGAAGACUUGUUUGGGAAACCAAGGCCCAGUCCUUAACCACCAUGGCAACCGAACAUGAUGAAUGUAUGGGCAGUGUGAAGGGACAGUUAGCAAAACUAUUUGACGUUUCACUUAAAGUAACUGUUCCUAAUGAGCCGGAUGUAGAGCCAUUGGUAGCUGCAUGCAACGGCAAAUUUGGUGAUUACCAGUGUAACAAUGCCAUGGGCCUGUGGUCUAAAAUAAAAGGGAAGGGUGCUCAAUUUCGUGGACCUCCAUCAGUUGGAGAGGCAAUCAAGAAUAAUCUCCCAACCUCUGAAAUGAUAGAAUCAUGCUCCGUAGCUGGGCCUGGAUUUGUAAACGUAGUAUUGUCGAAGAAUUGGAUGGCUAAGAGCAUUCAAAAGAUGCUAGUUGAAGGUAUUGAUAAAUGGGCACCACAUUCGCCAGUUAAAACAGCAGUUGUUGACUUUUCAUCUCCUAAUAUAGCAAAAGAAAUGCAUGUUGGUCACUUGAGGUCUACAAUUAUUGGUGACACACUUGCUCGCAUGCUUGAAUUUUCAAAAGUUAAAGUUCUUCGACGGAACCAUGUUGGUGACUGGGGGACACAGUUCGGCAUGCUGAUUGAGUUUCUUUUCGAAAAGUUUCCGAACUUUGAAGAUGCUACUGAAACAGCCAUUGGAGAUCUACAGGCAUUUUAUAAAGCUUCAAAGCAGAGAUUUGAUGCUGAUCCUGCAUUUAAGGAGAGAGCACAACAGGCAGUGGUGCGCCUUCAGGGUGGUGAAGACAAGUAUCGUAGGGCAUGGGCACAAAUAUGUGAAAUCAGCCGGAAUGAAUUUCAUAAGGUCUAUCAACGGCUUGGAGUCCAUCUAGAGGAAAAGGGGGAGAGUUUUUAUAACCCAUACAUUCCCGGGGUCAUAGAAACCUUGACUAAACAAGGAUUAGUUGAGGAAAGUCAGGGGGCUCGUGUGAUCUUUAUUGACGGCAUUAAUAUACCUCUUAUUGUGGUGAAGAGUGACGGUGGUUUCAACUAUGCAUCAACUGAUCUAGCUGCCCUUUGGUAUCGCCUCAAUGAAGAGAAAGCUGAAUGGAUUAUAUACGUUACUGAUGUAGGCCAGCAGCAGCAUUUUGAUAUGUUUUUCAAAGCUGCCAAACGUGCAGGGUGGCUUCCUCAUGGUGAUACUUCAUAUCCCAAAGCUAGCCAUGUUGGUUUUGGCCUUGUUCUUGGAGAAGAUGGAAAGCGUUUUCGAACCCGUAACACUGAAGUAGUUCGAUUAGUUGAUCUACUUGAUGAAGCCAAGAGUCGAAGUACAGCAGCACUUAUUGAGCGUGGUAAGGGUGAAGAAUGGACUGAGGAGGAGAUUGAGAGUACUGCCGAAGCAGUUGGUUAUGGUGCUGUAAAGUAUGCUGACUUGAAGAACAACCGACUGACCAAUUACACAUUUAAUUUUGACCAGAUGCUUAGUGACAAGGGCAACACUGCUGUUUAUUUGCUGUAUGCUCAUGCUCGAAUCUGUUCAAUAAUCCGGAGGUCUGGUAAAGAUAUAGAGGAACUGAAGAGUAAGGGAACAUUAGUAUUGGGUCAUAAGGAUGAACGUGAUUUGGGGCUUCAUCUGCUGCAGUUUGCUGAGGUUGUUGAAGAAGCCUGCACCAAUUUGUUGCCGAAUGUUUUGUGCGACUAUCUCUAUAAUUUAUCUGAAAUCUUUUCAAAGUUUUAUAGUAACCCCGAAUGCAAGGUUAUCGGGUCGGAUAUGGAAACGAGUCGCCUGCUGUUGUGUGAAGCAACCGCCGUGGUUAUGCGGAAAUGCUUCAAUCUCCUCGGAAUCACACCUAUUUACAAGAUUUGAUAUUUGAUACUCUUGAAACCUUGUUGAGAAAGGUUUAUAAAUUCACAUAUCAUGUGAUCUUUGACAAUUGUAUACAGAUCACAUUAUGUU